CCGCCAUGGUUGUUGUGUAUUUCAGGCUGAACUACCUGUCCGUUCGUUGAGCAGUAGGUGUUUUUACUGCACGGUUAGAAAACGGAGUUUGAUUUUUAUCCGUGUUUUUAAGAAGAGCAAGAUACGUGAACAUGGAUUCACGAUUUGCUCACCUGCGCCAGCGGGACGCCAGCGUGUCGAUGCUGAGGGUGAAGAUGUCCCGCAGGAGGUCUCAGUCUCAGAAGGAGAACAGACAGCGGGCCAUGAACACACGCAGACAGCUGGACCCACUCCCAGAGAUGGAGAUGUCUUCCCUGGACGCCUCCACUGCGAUGGCCAACAUGUCAGUUAUUCAGGAGAAGACACUGAACAAUGCCAAAUCUGCUAAAAAUAUGGCUGGAGAAGAGAGGUUGAAGCAGCUCCAGCGCUGGAAAGAGCGUAAGACUCUUGAAAAGGAGAAGGAAAUGAGAGAAAAGGAGCGUAAAGGUGUUUUUAAGACGGGCCUGUAUCAUCCAAAGGACGAUCUUUCCAUCGCCCCCCUGCCCACAGUCCCAGCUGGCUCAACUAGAUCUAAGGGGCCUUUGAACACAACUGCAUCCCAGAGUGUCAGAGUCACUCGAUCAAUGAAACAACAGCAGCAGCAAGUGCAAAAGCCUCUAAAGACACAGAAUCUGAAUACUGCAACAAAGAAAGCUCAACCUGCUGUGGAAAGAUCCACCAGGAGCUGGGUCGCUCCCGUCAAGCCGGCACCGGCUGCUACCAAGAUCAAAGUUUGUGCCGUGGAGCCGGUCGUACGAGCUGCGUCGGCCCGAUCAGCCAACAGGCCUCCGGUUACAGCUCCUGACGUGAAAGGCAAACCUAAGGGCAAGCCUGCAGAUGCAAGAACCACAAGGAGCAGAGUGUUUGUCGACCAUGUGGCCCCCCCUUCUGACCAAGAACAGAACUGUAAAGAAACUGACAACACUGUGGAGCCUGCGGUGUUCAAGGUGCCUGAGAUGCAGGAGCCAGAGGAAGACAUGGUGGUGGACCCAGCUCCAGCCGACUCCAUCCCUGCUGAGGGUCCCGUCGAUGCGCCACCCUCAUUGUCUUCUUUUGCUCCGACGGAUUUCAUUUUCAAGGCUCCUACCGGCUUACCAUCCUUCAAGUUCGAUCCUCUCACUCCUCGCUCUGCAGACGUUUUCCUCACUCCAAGCCCCAGCUUCGAGGUCUUCGCCUUCAACGUGGAGCCUGAAGCUGAGCUAAGCGGACCCUCUCCCCCUCAUACCUCUCCUACAAUGGCCCCUCCGACUCCAGGCAGCCUCCUGGAAACAAAGCAUGACGUCUCAUACUUCAGAUCGGAAAUGUCCAAAGAGACGGGCGCACUGUCAGCUCUGUGUGUCGCCUGGGAGCCUAAAGUGGAAGACGAGUCAAUCCCGGAAGAGAUGAGAGACAGUAUACGUACAGUUGUAGGCCAGGCCAGGCUGCUGAUGAAGGAGCGUUUCAAGCAGUUCGGCAGUCUGGUGGACGACUGCGAUCUGAGCCGAGGCGAGAAGAUCACCACCUGCACCGACCUGCAGGGGUUCUGGGACAUGGUGUACUACCAGGUAGAGGAUGUGUACAAGAAGUUUGAGGCUCUGAAAGUAGCAGAGAGCCAAAGCUGGGUGGAGGAGCACAAGCCACCACCGCGACAGAGGAAAGCAGUGAAGAAGCCAUCAGCUGCACCUGCCAAACCCGCAGGAACGAAAGCAGCAGGAGCAAAGUCUCGUCUGGCUGCUGUGAAGGCGGCCAUGAAAGCCAAACAGCAGGCAGCCGAGGCGGAGAAAGCAGCAAAGGAUGCUGGGAACGAUGAGGAAAACCCCAGCUUAGACUCUCAGGGACCAAAGCCUGAAGCAGAGCCGCAACCCGCUGCUCAGGUGGUGUUCGACGGAGGGUUCUUCCAGGUGGAGAGCCCAGCCAGACCGUCAGGAGGUUCAGUGAGGGGAUCCAGCCGCCUGAGUGCCGCCCCUCAGGCCUCCCCCUCCUCCAACUACCUCACCCCCAGAAGAUUCACCCGGGGGUCCCUCGCUCUCUCACAGACCCCCGUCUCCACCGCUGCCUCUCCCUCUCACACUCUCCAAACUCCCGCCCUCCUCCGUCUCACCCUCAGAGAAACCCCAGCUCAAACACCCAAGUCUCAGUGCGGCACUCCUCGCAACGUCUCCCUCAACGUCUCCCUCUGUUUCUCACCUGCCAAGGAAGUGCGUUCAGACGACACUCGGCCAGAAAAGAGCCCUGCGCACCCAGCAGUCUCCAUGCAGGAGAACACUGCUGCUGUUCCUGAACUGAACACUCCAACACCUGUACGCUCACUUCCGUCCAUUUCUGUCGUCAUGGAGCAGGAGGAACCCUCCGAGGCCGUCAAUGUGGACCUCCCUCUCUCUUCAAGGCUCUCCCCCUCUCCUUGUAAAACUCCUCUUCCUGUCUCCCAUGCCCCUGAGCCCUCACCAUCUCUCAGUUUCAUGUUGUCACCCUGUGUGACUCCCAGCCAGCCUCCCGUCUCCCCCCCUCCCGCUGUGGAGGCGUCAGAGUCUGUGUGCCAAACACCUGACGCCUCAGUUGUUGAGGAGAUUCCCGGGAUGGACUUUGAGCGUUACCUCCAGCCUUCACUGAGAUGCAGCCUGUCGCCGCAGGCUACAGUUGCCGUGGAGACACUGUCCCCCAUGGCGGUGGAUAUGGAGAUGGAGAGUCCCGGAGGUCCAUCAGAGGACCUGCCCUCUCAAAGGGAACCAGCGGGUCCAGAGGUGUCUUCAAUGUUAUUUCUUCAGUCACCACAGAUGCAGAAAGCCGAGUAUGACAUGCUCCUCUUCACCCCCGACAUGAAGGAGCGGAUACGACAGUCCGUCUGUCCGAGUGACCUCAUGGUCUUCACCCCUCCCUCUAAUGUGUAGCAGAGAUUUCCUUUACAUUUUUAUUUGUUACAUAUUUUAACUUCUACUUCUACUCUGUUUGGAAGAAAUCACCGAAGAGAUUCUGGUUCGUGUUUUUUCCCCCAGAAAAAAGUUUUGUCUUUUAUAAAUAAAUCUUCAGUUACAACCAGGAAA